CCUUCCCCACUGCCCAGCAAUCCCCUGAGGCAAGAGCCAGGGCUGAGGCAAGUCCAGCCAGCAUCCUGGGAGGCAGCCAGGGAUGGGGCCGCUCAGGAAGUCCCAGACCCAGGCUGGGCAUAAAGGAGGGUCCCGCAGGCUGGGAGGAGGCUCACCUGGGCACCAUGGAGACCCAGAGGGCCAGCCUGUGCCUGGGGCGCUGGUCACUGUGGCUUCUGCUGCUGGCACUCGUGGUGCCCUCGGCCAGCGCCCAGGCCCUCAGCUACAGGGAGGCCGUGCUUCGUGCUGUGGAUCGCCUCAACGAGCAGUCCUCGGAAGCUAAUCUCUACCGCCUCCUGGAGCUGGACCAGCCGCCCAAGGCCGACGAGGACCCGGGCACCCCGAAACCUGUGAGCUUCACGGUGAAGGAGACUGUGUGUCCCAGGCCGACCCGGCAGCCCCCGGAGCUGUGUGACUUCAAGGAGAACGGGCGGGUGAAACAGUGUGUGGGGACAGUCACCCUGGAUCAGAUCAAGGACCCGCUCGACAUCACCUGCAAUGAGGGUGUCAGGAGAUUUCCCUGGAGGUGGCCGUUCCUACGAAGACCACGGUUGCGACGGCAGGCUUUCCCUCCCCCAAAUUUCCCCGGGCCCCGGUUCCCUCCCCCAAAUUUCCCCGGGCCCCGGUUCCCUCCCCCAAAUUUCCCCGGGCCCCGGUUCCCUCCCCCAAAUUUCCCAGGGCCCCGGUUCCCUCCCCCAAAUUUCCCCGGGCCCCGAUUCCCUCCCCCAAAUUUCCCCGGGCCCCGGUUCCCUCCCCCAAAUUUCCCAGGGCCCCGGUUCCCUCCCCCAAAUUUCCCAGGGCCCCGGUUCCCUCCGCCAAUUUUCCCUGGGCCGUGGUUCCCUCCGCCUCCACCUUUCCGUCCCCCACCAUUCGGUCCACCAAGGUUCCCUGGUAGACGGUGAAGGAUAUGCAGGCAACUCACCCAGAAGUCCUUUCGGUACAUUAAAAUCCCAGCAAGGAGACCUAAGCAUCUGCUUUGCCCAGGCCCGCAUCUGUCAAAUAAAUUCUUGUGAAACCAA